AUGGGGCCUAUUCGUCUAGAGCCAAUUCCUCCGCAACCAAUCCCUCAAUCCGGGAUCCUCUGCGAGGCAGAGGAAUUCUCCUCUUUCGGUGGCUGGGUUCUAGACUCGCAAUAUGAGCUGGAAAUGGGAUCGCCAUACUUGUUGGCCCACGGCAACGGUGUUCCGGUCAAAGACGCGACAACGACUUUCCCUGUUCAUGAAUCAGGACGCUACAAUGUUUGGGUUCGCUCCAAAGACUGGGUCCCUGGUCACCAUCCGGGAAGGUUCACAGUUGCAAUAAAUGGCGUGUUCCUUCCAACGGAGUUUGGUGCCAAUGACAAAGAUUGGUCGUGGGAGUUGGGAGGCAAAGUGGAUCUCACGGCAGGAACGGCGACGCUCGCACUGCAUGAUCUAACAGGCUUUUGCGGACGGUGCGAUGCCAUUUUCCUCAGUCGUGAAGACACUCAGCCACCUCAGCCAGUCGAUGAAGCAGCCAGAAAUUGGCGGCGUCGGCUUCGUGGAUUGCCGGAAGAGCCUGUACAUGUGGGCUCGUUUGGUGUCUGUGUGGUUGGUGGAGGCGUGGCCGGCGCUGCCGCUGCGCUGGUUGCGGCACGGUUGGGAGAGAAAGUGGCCUUGAUCCAGGACAGGCCGUAUCUGGGUGGUAAUGCGAGCGUUGAGAUUGGUCUCAGUCCUCGAGGGGUCAACGGCCCCGUGGUCAAAGAACUCACCACGCGAGACCCGACUGGGGACCUCCUUGCGCGACAGUUGCUCGAACCCAUCGUAUCACUGUUCAUGGAACAUACUGUUUACAAUACGGUGACCGCUGGAAACGCUAUAAGUGCAGUCGACGCUCGCGAUGCUCGCAGCGGAAAGGAAAUUCGCAUUACCGCGCCCGUAUUCAUUGACUGCUCCGGAAAAGCCACCCUCGGCUUGCUUUCUGGUGCUGAGACACUCUUUGGAGAAGAGUCGAAGGCUGAGUACGGCGAGAGCCUAGCGCCAGAAAAGGCUACAAACAUGCACCAUGGAAACACACUCUUCUUCCGGACUCGAGACUCGGAAUCACCAAAGCAGUUCCCUGAGGUCCCAUGGGCGACUGAAGUGGCAUUGGACUUCGCUAAUCUCGGUGGCCAGCUCCAGGUUCCUGGUAUCGAAAACGGACGGGGGCCGAGGGUACUACGUCCAGAGCAGCAUCCAGACCCCAGCACUCCGGAGCGAAUGACCUGGCCACUGACUCACUUCUGGGAGUAUGGCCAGUCAUUGGAUCCUUAUCUCAAUGGUGAAAAGAUCCGUGAUCACCUGUUACGCGCUCUUUAUGGCACAUUUUACAACGUUAAGACCAUGGAGCCAGGUAAAUACGCCAACCUGGAUUUUGAUUGGGUAUCUUUUACACCUGCACAGGGUGAAUAUCGGCGAUACAAAGGCGACUAUGUCCUCAACGAAACUGAUAUCCGUGCACACAGAGAGUUUCAUGAUUCCGUGGCUCAGAACUCUGGGGCCUUUUGCUUACAUUAUCCAGGCCACGACAAGUACGACUUUCGAUUGAAGACAUGGGAAUGGGAUGAGAGAGACCACGAACCAUACGAUAUUCCAUUCAGGUGUUUAUACUCGACCAAUAUCUCGAACCUUCUGAUGGCAGGCAAACACAUAAGUGCCACUCACGUGGCGGGAUCCAACACCAAAUUCAUGGGUAAUGGUGGACAGCACGCAAUUGCGACGGCAGCUGCAGCAUAUUUGUGCAAUAAGUAUCGCACAACUCCUCGAGGCGUCUAUAAUAACCAUUUGGCGCAGCUGAAGAGUAUCGCUUUUCGCAUUGCUGAGGACAAUGAUGACGAAGCAAGCUGUAAGCUUGUCAAAAGCUAG